GAAAGAGCUCGACUAGAAGCGUCAUCGCGGAUCUUGCUCGUUUGGCAGUUUCGCUCAAGUUCUUUCUUUUCUCGUGAAAUAUCGAAAGAAUAGUUGCGGUGACCGACUAUGGCAGGAAAAACCAAUGAAGAAGCUGAGCAGCAGCAGCAACAAACGGAAAAUGAAAACGCAGAACAAAGCCAAAGCCAGGAGCUGGCCGAGCAGUCGAACGCACCGGAAACGAUCGAUCCGGAAUGUUUGAUCAAGCAUCCGUUGCAGCACACCUGGACGCUGUGGUAUCUGGAGGUGGACCGUUCGAAAUCCUGGACCGAUUCAAUGAACGAAGUAACCAGCUUCUCCACGGUGGAAGAUUUCUGGAGCCUGUACAAUCACAUUCGUGGACCGUCAGAGAUCAAGAUCGGCGGUGACUACAUGCUGUUCAAAUCACAUAUUCGUCCCAUGUGGGAGGACGAAUCGAACAAGCACGGUGGCAGAUGGACGCUUAGCCUUAACAAACGCUUGUCUGACAAAUACUGGCUGGAUACGGUGCUAUGUUUAAUCGGCGAAACGUUCGAACAUUCGGAUCAGAUCUGCGGUGCGAUUGUAAACGUUCGCCAAAAGAUUGAUAAAAUCUCUAUCUGGACUGCCAACUAUGAGAAUCGCGUUGCGGUGAUGAACAUUGGCCAGACGUAUAAGGACCGAUUAGGACUGCGUGAAAAUAUUCAUUAUCAGCUUCAUAAAGACACGAUGGUGAAAUCUUCGUCGUCCGGAACAAAAGCAACGUAUACCGUUUAGGAGAAUAAUGAACCUUGGAGCCUUUUUUCGUUGAACAAUAGUUUGUGUGCGGUCGCUAAGAAAAAGGAUAUUGAUGAAUGAAACGGAUCGAAGUGUGCGGUAAAAAAGAGAUGAGAAUAUGCAUGUCCUGUGCUAUAGAGGAAAGCAGUGAAGCGUGCGAAGAAUAUCGAUAUCCAAAGGGGGAAAACGGAUUUCAUUUUAUCGAGCUCUUGCGAUUGAAGGCGUGUUUCCAGUCCAUUUUUAGGUGGGUUUAAAAGGAGCGAACAGAAAUUGAAACGCAGCAGCAGGAGCCGAACAGCCGAACGCCGCGAAAAUGCUCUAAGCAUUAAAGCAUCGUUAACGUUGCUAAUAACUUUGGUUGAUCGUGCUUCUAGUGCUAGUCCGUUCGAUUUUAAGGGGCUUUUGUGUGGGACGGCUGUAGGAUAGAUAUAUUGAAUUGCUCACAAGGAAUAGUAAAUACAGGCCCGGCCGCGCUUCAUGAAACCGUCAAUCGAUCUACGAGUUCGUUAUCAACUGGAUCAUGGACUGAUUGUAUCCUCACUUGCAUCUCCGCAUCGAAGUCUGACCGGAAAGCCGUGAGUGUUCAAUCUGCAACGUCUGCCCGAAUUCGAUUUUUUUUUAUUUGUUUAGUUCUUCUGUUUCAAUUUUUUCUACGUGGAAGUUGCUUACCAAAUGAUUGCGCAUAUAUGAUAUUGGCCAAGGGUCGGAGUAUAGUGCCGCAUGUACCCGUGAGCUAACUGAAAUAGAAGGAGAGAGAGUGAGAGGAAGGGGAGGGGAAGUAUAAGGACGCAGUAAAGGUUCCUUUGUACAGACACUCUGUUGGCGCAGGAAAAGCUCUCCAGUCAGGUUCAGGUAACAAUGUUUUCAUAUUUUUAUACAUCCGCGUUGACUUCAAUUAGAAUAGUCUUCGGUAUCGGAUCAUUGCUACUUGUUUUCGGGGUUUAUUUGGUCGGUCGAUUAGCUUAUCGAUCGUAAAGAAAUGUUCAUGCUAGAGCAUAUUAGAGGCACGUAGAAGGAGCGUAAUUAAUUUGAACUACACAUCCGCAUGGCGUGAGCUUUGUUUUGCGCUGGUACGUAUUGGUAGCUAAGGAUAACCAAGGCAUGGAAUUGCGGUUUUGUAUUGAACAUAUAUAUGUGCUGGAACUAUCUCUACUAAUUAAUGUACUAUCGUUUAUGGAAUAAUUUGCAUAUAAAUACAAGCAUCUGCUCGGCAGAACGCGGAGCUACUGCUGAUUGUUUAAUUCAUAAUACAAUUUAUAUAACUUUUUUAUGUUUAAUCACAGCGUAUCGUAAAUUAUAUUGUAAAGCAAAACAACACAGGAAAAUCGUUGCAAAAAAAUAUAGAACAUGAGGU